GUAUACGAGUUGCUUGGCACAAACGCGCCUCACUACACAGAUGAGAAAGGAUACAAAGUUUUGACACCUUUUUGGUUUGCUCGGGCACUGGAACCAUUUUGUUCGUUCACCCUCCCAAUGGCCUAUAAUACAAAUGUGCGGAAUAUUUUGCUGGCUAAUGCUGCUCAUGCUGAUCUCGAAGCCCUUCAACCAUAUUACUACGAAAUGGGAAUGCAUUUUUGUCAUUCAGUUAGCGAAGGUGCCAGUCUUGCCUUAGGCAGAGCGUUUGAUUCCAACACUCACGGAGGUAUUGUACUCAGGAUGUAUCGUGGAAAUGAAGCACCUAAGAAAAUAGAUAACCUCGAAAAGAAAUUGUACGAAGAAAGUGUGAAGUGUCGAAAUCGCUUACAUGACUACCUUCGCGCUCAUCAAACGAACAGAACUCGGAAGCGUCGAUUGGAGCGACUGCAG